AUGACGAAGAACCCCAUCGCAACUGAUUCUCUCCCGAAAGCAGUUCAUGGUUGUAUACUAGAAUUACUGAACAAGAAACUUGAAAACCAGAAAUGGGUAUCACGUAGAGGCAAUGUGUUGAGCUCCUUCACAACUAAAGCUGCUUCUUUGGAAGACAUUAAAAAAGAUGUCCUUAUCAGAUAUAUUGAUUUUUCAUCUCAGGUUUCAUUUCUCCUUUUGGAACAAGUACGGUUUAAGGCAGCUGAUGCCGGAGACUGGAAGCUGUGGAAGUAUGUGGACGAAGCUCAGUUUGGGCCUGGGCCGCCCAUCAAUUCGGUGUUUGUUAGGGAAAAAUUAGUGAAUGCAGAUCAAAAUUUACAAGAGACGUGUAAGUGGAUGUCGGUCGAAAGCUGUCUAAGCUGGCUUCAGGAAGUGAAACCAAGAUGUGAGCGUGUGGGGCCUUUGAUAGUUGUUGGGCUUCCAAAUGAAUUUGCACAAACAAGAGAGUUGCAGAUCCCAUCGACCUUACCUUACCAGGAGUACCCUCCUGGUGUUGUGCUUGUACCUAUGGCAAGCAGGACAGGAAAACCUUUUCGUACAACAAACCUGGUUGUUUUUGCACCUAAAAAUGUUCCAAAUGAUUCUGAAAAGAAUGGUUUUAUCGCGUGUGGAGAUGCGUUGAUAGUGGAUCUUGGGUGUCAGUCUAAAUUCCAUGAAGAGGUAUGGCAUGUUAGUUUGCUCUGCUGCGCCUGGAAAAUGGUUUAUUUUUAGCCAUCUUUUACCAGG